AUGGAUUCAAAUUUGAUCGCCGAGAGUCAGGAGUCUAACAUCGGUUCAUCUUCAUCGUCAGGUAUUCAUUCAGAUGCACCUCCUCUUGAUAAUAAUCCUUUCGCCAAUGAAAUGCUAAAAUAUAUAAAGGGGUUGCUAAUGGAGGAAGAUCUUGAAAAAAAGACCUGCAUGUUGCAGGAUUGCUUUGCUCUCCAAGCUGCUGAAAUAUCCUUCUAUGAAGUCCUCGGCCAUUAUUAUAAUCUCACUCAGAGCAGGUCAACAGGAAGAAAAAAUUAUGAGCGUGAGGAUGUGGAAGAAGGUAGGAUCAACAAGCAAUCUGCACUUUCUCUUGAGGACUCAGAGCAGUUGCAGUCUAAAAUGUUCGAUGAUGUACUGCUUGCGAAGCGGAUAAAAGGGUCUAAUGGCGGUGGAAUUACACGUUGGAAGAAGAAAGCCCAGAAGAAAAGUGAAGUGGUGGAUCUAUGGAGUCUUCUUACUCAAUCUGCACAAUCGGUGGCCAUAAAAGACCAAAGGACUGCCAAUGAGCUUCUGAAACAAAUAAGCCAAUUCUGGAGAUUAGCAUGUUACUUUGCUGAUGCCCUUAAGACACGUUUGGCUGUUAUGGGGGAACCAUUGUAUUCGCAUCUGCUGGGCAACAGCACAUUAGCUGCUGAUGUCUUAAAAGCUUAUGGACUUUGUAAUUUAGCCUGCGCCUUUAAGAAGAUAAAUUUGUAUGCAAAUAAAAUGAUAAUGGAGAUGGCUGAAAAGGCAACCACGCUCCACAUUGUUGAUUAUGGCAUUUGCUACGGGUUUCAAUGGCUUUGUCUCAUCCAGCGCAGGCUGGCGGCUUUGUAUUAUCGGUAUCGAGUUUCGGCAACCAGGUUUCCGACCUGCAGAAAGGGUGGAAGAGUCAGGGUGUCGAUUGAACAGGUAAUUGUGAGAGAUUCAAUGUUCGAGUACAACGUGAUAGCAAAGAAAUGGAAAGCCAUCCAACUUGAGGAACUAAAGAUUAAGAAAUAUGUUGUUCUUCAUUCACCUAUCUUUUCUUCAUUCAUCUUACCUUAUUUCUUCAAUCUUUUGAUCUUAUGUAUUUCUUAA